AUGUCUCAAUCAAACCCUUCUCCGGAUUUGCCCCCUCCUUCUCCUUCUGCGGAGAAGCAAGCUCCAACUGCUUCGGCAGAUGGCUUGGACACGAUGAGCCAGCUGACCGCAGGCGUACCAUCCACAGGUGCGCCUAAUGAGGUCGCAGGCACUCUGUCGGCCGUAGCGAAGGGCUUCGCCGCCUCAUACAACCGGGCCAAGGCUGCGAUCGACGCGAAGUACAAGCGCAACCAGCCGGAGGUGCCAGUCGUCGAAUACCGCAUCAUGGACCAUGACAAGCUUCCGAAGGAGAUGCACUUCAAGGAGCCAAACGCGGCUGUGCUCUACCCGCAGUUUCUCGCCAUCGACAAGAAGAAGGAGUUCUCGCUGGCGCCCGUCCAUUCGGGUCCGCAUGCGUAUCGCGGUAAAGACAGGGCCAGCUUCCCGCUCAAGGGCGGCGAUGCUAGUUCCAAAAGGAGCUGCCAUCUGGCACGCUUUGCGUACAUCUCGUUCCUUGAUGAUAACGGCGGACAUCUCUGGGGAUCCGGCAGCGUAAUACCAAACCCGGAUAUGAUCGAGACUGGUGGCAUCGAUCCCAGGUGCGUUCGGUACAUACUCAAUGUCGAAACGCAGCGGCCGUUCAUCGACAUAAGAGUGACUGUCGCACGUGUGCCGAAGAAGAAUGUUUCAGGCAAGGCAUCUAACGAUACCGUGCCUGUGAACAUCAGCUGGAUUUGUUUCUUUGACCAGCUCAAGAAGGUCCGCGAGGAUGGCUCUCCCGGCCUGGGGUUGACGUUCGGCGUAGGCAAGGAUGACCUCGUCAAGAAGGAUCUGCCGAACGAUACAGGUGUCGUUCAGCUUGCGAGGGAAGAUGGACUCUUCGGCUUUGAGGUUCAGCUUACGGGCCCAUGCGUCCGCUUCAGCGACGCCUCCAAGCUAGCAGAAUGGACCGCUGCUAACAAGGCGGGCACUGCUACCCGCGUGCAGUCCAUCAUUGUCGCGUUAGCCGACACCAAGCACUUUCGGUUAUACUCUGUGUCGCCAAUCAGGUUCGAGGCAGAAUGGCGCGACUUCAUCGCUUAUGCGCGCGCGGUGUUCUUCGCCUCGGCACAGCUGGGAAGCUUCUGGUACUAUCGGCUCUUCUACCCGCCAGGUAUCAACGACGCUAGCUUUCCGUUCGGUGAGAGCAGUCCGCCGAGAUGGCUCGUCACAAAGUAUCGCGUCAAGUUCGUCGACGACAAGGCUGUCGAAGCCAAGCCGAUCAAUUGGAGCCGUUCCAACCCCCCGCCCCACAACCUCUUCCCGGACACGGCCACCUUCGCGUUCGAAACCCGUCUCGGCCUUGCGCAUGAGUUGCUCAAGAACCGGCUCGACCUGGAGAGAGCCAUCAUAAAGGAGUACCCAGGCCUGGAGAGUGGGGAGAUGAUUGAGCAGAGGGAAGCCCGCAGGGUGAAGCUUACCGGUGUCGCCGGCACUCCAGCCGGCUCCAGUGGCGACAGCUGGCGUGGUGUUGGAGGCGGAGGUCAGACUGGUCGCGGGCGUGGCAACAAUCCGCAUCGCGGCCGCGGCAAGCCUCCGGGCACAGGGCAUAGGAGCAAGCACGGGCGCGGAGGAGGCGCUGGUUCCACAUGA